AUGGCCCUGGUGGGGGGCAUGCUCUCCUGGUAUACCCCUGGGGGGGCCCUUGAUGACUCUGAAUCACCGGCCGGAUCCCACCCCUCCAACAUCGACGCGGAGAUCGACUCUCUGACCAGCAUGCUAGCGGACAUGGAGAGCAACCCACUGUACCCCCGUACCCCACGGGCGCAGCCAGCCAACCGCUACAAACCCACAGCGCCACCUAGUGGUCAGCCCAAACCAGCCCCCAGCUACCACUACCCCCCCCAAAACCAACAAGCCCUCUCCCAACACCAACCCCACUACUCUACUGCGCCCGUGACCUACAGCAGCCCUCCAGUCUCCUCCUACACCUCCUCUCCCAAUGCCCAGCCGUACCCCCCCUCCCCUGCCCAGCAGAGUUACACCCACCCCUCCCAGGGUUCCAAGCCCUACCCCCAGCCGGUGCCAGCCUCCUACACCACAGCCUCCACCCCCCCCGGCCCCAGGUUCAGCGUCCAGGUCCAAACCGCCCAGCCAGUCAGGAGCUAUUCCCAAACGGGACGGCCGGCAGAGCAAGCCUACGCCCCUCCUUCACCCCGGCAGCACCCUGAACCCCCCUACAGGGAGCGAGCUCCCUAUCCUGACUCGGGACAGGGCUGGUACCCCGCUCCUCCGCUCCCCUCGGAGGCUGCCAGCUCCCUGCCGGACGGUUCCAAUGGAGGGUACCGGGGUUUUGCAGCUGCCCCCCCAGGCCCCAGACCCUACCAGCCCAGCGCUGGGGGGCCGAAGAGGAGCCAGGAGACCACCCCCCAGACUGCGGGGUACCCCCCAAACAAGGGUCCAGUCAGUCGACCAGAGGACGAGCUUGACCGGUUGACCAAGAAACUGGUGUACGACAUGAACCACCCCCCUACGGACCAGUACUUCGGACGCUGUGCGCGCUGCGGGGACAAUGUCCUGGGGGACGGGACGGGUUGCAUCGCCAUGGACCAGGUGUUCCAUGUGGAGUGCUUCACCUGCAUCACCUGCAAUCGCCGCCUGAGAGGCCAGCCUUUCUACGCCAUCGAGAAGAAAUCCCACUGCGAGAACUGCUACAUUAGCACGCUGGAGCGCUGUUCCAAGUGCUCCCAGCCCAUCCUGGACCGGAUCCUGAGAGCGAUGGGGAAGGCCUACCACCCUCACUGCUUCACCUGCGUGGUGUGCAGCCGCUGCCUGGACGGAGUGCCUUUCACUGUGGAUACCACCUCCCAGAUCCACUGCAUCGAGGACUUCCACAGGAAGUUCGCCCCGCGCUGCUCUGUGUGUGGUGACGCCAUCAUGCCGGAGCGUGGCCAGGAGGAGACGGUGAGGAUUGUGGCUCUGGAUCGCAGCUUCCACGUGAGCUGCUACAUGUGCGAGGACUGCGGCAUGCUGCUGUCUUCGGAGGGAGAGGGGCGCGGCUGUUACCCUCUCGAUGGGCACAUCCUGUGCAAAGGCUGCAGUGCCCGGAGAAUCCAGGACUUGUCUGCCAAAAUAUCCACCGACUGCUAACGGGACCCGGGACCCUGCACCCUGUGCGCACCCCACGGCCACUUCUAACAGGGCGAGUGUGAGUUCGGAACUGACUUCACUGAGGGGAGCUCUGAACCCCAGGACUGGGUGCAGCAGCAGCAGCAGCAGGGCUAGUGUGAGUUUGUAACC